CUUUUAAAGAUGCGCGUCCCCCCGGUGGGUGGGGCGUGAGGGCAGCUGUUAGUUAUAACGUUUGGUUUCCUGGCAGGGUGACGCUUCAGCCCCCCUCUCGUCGGCCUCUGCACUGAGUGAAUUGUCUCCAGGACAGCUUUCUGCACCUCCGGUUCGGAUAUCCGCACUCUUCUUCUACAAUGGCAGCGAUUGGAAACCGUGGCACCGUCACUGAGGCGGCUGGUUUUAGCCCAGAGGCAGAUGUCGGGAAGCUCCGAGAAGCCAUGAAGGGAGCUGGCACUGAUGAGGCAGCUAUCAUCGAGGUCAUAGCACAUCGUACUAUUGCCCAGAGGCAGCGCAUCAAAGAGGCCUACAAACAAGCAGUGGGGAAGGACCUGGCUGAUGAUCUAUCCUCAGAGCUGAGUGGGAACUUCAGGAGUGUCGUUCUAGGUCUGCUGAUGCUGGCGCCUGUGUAUGAUGCCUACGAGCUGAGAAGUGCAAUGAAGGGAGCUGGGACAGAGGAGGCCUGCCUCAUUGAUAUUCUCGCCUCAAGGUCAAACGCUGAAAUACGAACCAUCACUGCGUUCUACAAGAAAGAAUAUGAAAAAUCCUUGGAAGACGCUGUGUGCGGAGACACAUCUGGAAUGUUUCAGAGGGUUUUGGUCUCUUUACUCACGGCUGGACGUGAUGAAAGCGACAAAGUGGACGAGGCCCAGGCUGUCCUAGAUGCCAAGGAAAUCUACGAGGCUGGUGAGGCUCGAUGGGGCACGGACGAGGUUAAAUUCCUCACUGUGCUUUGUGUGAGGAACCGAAACCAUCUGAUGCGAGUGUUUGAGGAGUACCAGAAGAUUUCUGGAAGAGACAUUGAGGACAGCAUUAAGCGGGAGAUGUCUGGCUGUCUGGAGGACGUCUUUCUGGCCAUAGUGAAAUGUCUAAGGAGCAAGCCAGCGUUCUUUGCUGAGAGAUUAUACAAAUCAAUGAAGGGGCUGGGCACUACAGAUAGUAUCCUCAUCAGAAUAAUGGUCGCCAGGGCGGAGAUUGACAUGUUGGACAUUAAGGCGCAGUUCCUGAAGAUGUAUGGCAAGACUCUCUACUCCUUCAUCAAGGGAGACACGUCUGGUGACUACCGCAAAAUCCUGCUUGAGCUGUGUGGAGGCGAGUAAAAGAAACUUGAGAACAAAAAAACAGCUGCCUUUUAUUCUGCAAACCACGUUAUGAGCUUCUUCUCCUACUUCUUGUAUUGCCUUCACAUUUCACGGAUUGACCACAAUGCUUUGUUUUACUGUUUGUACUGUAAUACCAAUUAAACCAAAGACUGUUGACCUUUUA